AUGGCUCUAGGUACCACAUCCUCGAGCAGGGUUUGCGAGGGUCACUGGGUUACUAGUUUAGCCCUAUCCUACGGGGUUUAUACUAGUGGGAUGGUCCAUAUAUCUAUUCAAGAGUUGGGUACUAUAACUAUCCAGAAGAUGUGGGUGCUGACUAUUGAGGCGGGUCAGCCACAACGAGUAUCGGGGGAUGACAUUGUCGAGCCAAUUCGGCAGGUGGAGCCGAAGGUCGUUCCUGGGUCUGCCUUUGUGAGGCAUCAGAGACCUAGGAACGCAGAGCCUGAUCUUUCGGAGCCUAAUAUUGGAGAAGUGAUGCAGGGUCUUACUGAUGCACAGCAGGAGUGCCAUUGGAUGAUGGAUUCGCUUGUCAUGAUGAUGCAACAUCUAGGGAUGGACCAUCCGCCCUUUCUUAGUGCAGAUCCCAUUGUACCAUCCCAUUUUCAACCACAUAACACUAGUUACUAUAGUACUGGUCCUUUAGGCACACAUCCUGGAGAAGCUGAUGACGAUGACGAUGAGGAGGAGACCGAGACGGAGUCGUAG